AUGGGUCUGGAGAAGGGAAUUAACUCCAAGACCCAUAAGAGGUUUGACAACCAUAGGCUACUGCUGCUUAUGCUGCUUCUGCGCUUGGAACCGUUGAAGCACUUGGCAGGACAGUCCUAUGCCAUGCUUGACAACUGGAUGGCCAUGGUUCUCGAGGGCAUCAAUACAACUCCUCAAAGAAUUGGGCAUGGUGAUCAGUCCUGGGAGCUGAGGAUGCUGGAUGUUCUGUGUCAUCGGGGACGGUCCCUGACUCAAAGAACCGUUUUAGUGUUUUAUAUCCCGUAUGAUUUAUGGGAUAAAUGGCCCUUUAAGAAAAUCGCCAAGAGUAAUAAUUUUGUGAGGUUUGAGUUGCCGAUAGCACACGCUGAGAUCGCCGAUAGUUGCCGAUGUCACAUUCUUGAGCUGGGUAUUGGUGGUGCAGAGGCUGCCCAGAUUGCACGGGUGCUGAUGAAGGACCCCUCGAGUAAGCAAGAGUUUAAAAAACCAGACCUUGGCCUUGCACACCCUGCUGCCCCAGAGCCAUCCACAGGCUGCCCAGCCGUGAUCAACCCCACCCUGUUCUUCGACAUCGCCGAGGACGGCAAGCCCUUGAGCCACGUCUCCUUUGAGCUGUUUGCAGAGUUCCAAAGACAGCAGAAAAAAAUUCAUGCUCUGAGCACUGGGGAGAAAGAAUCUGGUUAUAAAGUUUCUUGCUUUCACAGGAUUAUUCCAGGAUUCACAUACCCAAGUGGUAACUUCACACGCCAUAAUGGCACUGGUGGUAAACCCACCUCUGGGGAGAAAUGAGAUGAGAAUUUCAUCCUGAAGCAUAGGGGUCCUGGCACCUUGUCCAUGGUAAACGCUGGGUCUCACACAAAUGGUUCCCAGUUUGUCAUCUGCACUGCCAAGACGGACCGGUUGGAUGGCAAGCAGGUGGUCUUUGGCCAGGUGACAGAGGGCAUUAAUAUUGUGACAGCCAUGGAGUGCCCUGGAUCCAGGAAUGGCAAGACCAGUAAGAAGAUCACCAUUGCUGGGACGCCUGGGUGGCUCAGUCGGUUGGGCGACCGACUUCGGCUCAGGUCAUGAUCUCUCGGUCCGUGAGUUCAAGCCCCGCGUCGGGCUCUGUGCUGACGGCUCAGAGCCUGGAGCCCGUUUCGGAUUCUGUGUCUCCCUCUC